UAAACACCUUAUUUGUUUUCUCUCUCUCUCUCUCUUUGUGUACACAACAGGUCUGUACGCGCUUGUGCCGUUGAGAUUUGUUUUUAAAUUGUAAGAUUAAUGCUUUCAUGUUAAUUUACUUGUUUAUUGUACUACUAUUUUGUGCUUAUUACACCUACAAGUAUCUGGACAAUGACGAGCUAUUUUCUCUAAAAAGUGAAAGCCCAAAACCAAGAGAUAUGAAGCGUGGAGGAUUGUUUAAGUGGGAGCCUAUGGAGCAGAAGCAAGCAGAGAAGAAAAGAAAGGUCGAUCCUGUACCCAUAGAAACAAUAGAUUUGUCAGAAGACGAACCAGACAACAAGUGGGAGGAGCGACCAGUACCUAGUCAGGUACUUGAAAAAAAAAUACAUACAGAUAAUCCUCUGCCUCCUGAAAUGUGUGGUGGAAUGGCUGUGAAGUUUCCAGUGACUCCGUAUGGUAGCCAAAAAACUGUUAUGAGUUCGGUUGUCAAGGGAUGCAAGAAUUCCCAGCACUGUCUGCUAGAGAGUCCAACUGGCAGUGGUAAAACUCUAGCCCUCCUGUGUGCAACUCUAGCCUGGCAACAGGAAGAGAAAGCGAAACUGUACGACGCCGCGUGCGAGGAAUCCUUGAAAAACCAAGGAGAUGCUGACAAUUUUAAAGAGGAUGUCUUCGACCCUGAAAAGUUUAAUGUCAAACAGAAAGACAUACCAAUCACGCCAAAAAUAUUUUACGGAACCAGAACGCACAAGCAGAUCGAGCAAGUAAUCAGAGAGUUGAAAAAAACCGCCUAUUCCAACGUUGGAAUGACCAUCCUAAGUAGUCGGGAGCACACGUGUAUCCAGCCGAAGGAGAACGGCGUUAGUUUAACUCAGCUCUGCAAUAAUUUGCUCGACCCAAAAUUGAAAAAGGGUUGUCAGUACUACGGUAGUAAGAACUCAAGGUGGAACGAACUCAAUUCGCCCUGGGACAUCGAGGACUUGGUAGCUUUCGGCAGAGAUGAAGGUUCUUGUCCCUACUUCGCUGCGCGGAGCAUGAUGGAUACGGCGGACAUUAUUUUCUGCCCGUACAAUUACCUGAUAGAUCCAGUGAUCAGAGAUACUAUGCAAAUUAAACUGAAGGGUCACAUUGUGAUAAUAGACGAGGCUCACAAUAUAGAAAAUUCAUGCAGAGAAGUCGCGAGCACCAGCUUUAGGGAGGAUCACCUUGAAGAGGUUUCUGAAGACUGUAAAUUUGUAUUCAGCGUAACAAAGCACGAGGCUUACCAAGAUAUCCAAUAUUAUAUCGAUGCCCUGAUCAACGUUAUACACAACCAAACACUACCGUCUAAUAAUUUGCAGCAUCCCUUUGAUGAGGUUACGAGUAAAUGGUUGUGCGGUAGCACAGCCUGGAUGCAGCUUAAGGAAAUCCAUAAAUUGGGCCCUCCACGUUAUACUCAUUUCCAUACGGCGUGCCAGUAUGCCUUUAAAGCUUACAACGACAUGAAAGAGAAUGUUCCAGUAGGCAAGGAAAACCAAAAAAAAAAACAUUCGUCAACCAUCACCUUCGCGUCCAAAAAGCUUCUGGAAGAGCUACUUUUAUCGCUCGAAGCUAUCCAGAAUGCGACUUAUCAAAAUGACUUUCGUGUCGUGACGGCUUUGUCAUACCACAAAGAUGCUAAAACUAAGACCAAGGAGAACGAGUGGAUUCAGACUAAGAAUAGAAAACCAGUAGCUCUUCGUACGCUGAAAUUUGAAUGUAUGAACUCUGCGAUGAUUUUUCGGCAACUUUCAAGGUCCUGUCGAAGCAUGAUCCUCGCCUCGGGUACACUGACGCCCACUUCGACUUUUGAGAGUGAGCUAGGAACUAAAUUCACAUUUAAGCUGCAUGCCAACCACGUCAUAAAUCCCCAGCAAGUAUACGCGCGCGUUGUACCUCGAGGUCCUACGGGUCAUCCCCUCAAAGCGAUUUACUCGGAGAUACAGACUCUGCCCUUCAAGGAUGAAUUGGGACGUCUUUUAAUUGACGUGUGUCAAUCAGUACCACACGGGGUGCUAUGCUUUUUUUCUUCAUACAAUGUUUUGAACGAAAUGCUAGAGCGCUGGAAAAGUACGGAUGUGUAUGACAACCUAGAAAUGGUCAAGCGAAUUAUUUUAGAGCCGCGUUUUAGCACCAACUAUGAUCAAGUUAUGGACGAAUUUCGCAGUGUCAUUCUGGAAACGAGCGAUGGACCCGUACAUGGUGUGACCGGUGCUCUGUUGCUUGGCGUUUUUCGUGGAAAAAUGGCAGAAGGAAUAGACUUCAGUGAUAACGAGGCUCGCUGUGUGGUAACAGUGGGCAUUCCAUAUCCUAAUACUUUUGAUGCCAAAAUCAAAAUGAAGCGGGAGUACAAUGAUCAGCAUCAUCAAGAUAUAGGUUUAAUGAAAGGAAGCAAGUGGUACGAUGUACAAGCUUACCGUGCCUUAAACCAAGCCUUAGGACGAUGCAUAAGGCACAAAAACGACUGGGGAGCAGUUUUGCUUGUAGAUGCUAGGUUAAACGAAUCCUCAGAGUAUCUUCCAAAAUGGAUACGUGAAACAAUGAAAAAUCAGAAAAACUACGAUCCUAAUGAUCUUAAAAAAUUUGUUCAAAACCGAAAGCAACAUGAUAGACAGACAACUCUGAGAGUAAGCUCAAGCUAAUUUAUGCGAGGUAGUAAAUUAAAAUAUAGUUUAUUAUACGAUCAUGCAUAAGCAGAUUUAGCCAGUUAGAUUUAAUACUGCUCUGUGUAUAUUUGACCGUAUAUAAGUCGGAAUGUGCCUUUGGAUGUUAAUAGGAUAGAAUGUCUCUCAGU